AUGACGGAACGGGCGAAGACGCCGCUCGAGGCGACGAUCGAGCGAUACCACGAGGCGAAGCGAAAGGUGGCGGAGGGCGUGCUCAAGGCGAAAGAAAUCGGCGCCCAAGAGCUGGCAAAGGCGCAGAACGCGGUGAAGAACGCGCCGGCGCCGGUGAUGAUGCAGAAGUUUGUCGAUGGGACCGGAUUCGUCGAUCGAGAGGCGUAUCCGGUGUUCGUCGAGCGCAUGGCGGUGGGAUCGGUGAUCUUCUCGAAGAGUUACUGGGGCGACGCAUGGUUGUACCUGAAGAAUAAUCACUUGCUGCUCGCGGUGUUCUUGGCGCAUCCCAAGCAUCCGUUUUCGAGAAUGGAGAGAUUGAUUUGCUUAUUUUGCUCGUUCUUGGUUGGUUUCGGGUUGACAUGUUUGUUCAACUUGAUCACGAAGGAGCCUACGAAGACAGUCGUGAGCGUUCUCGUCGGAGGUUUGAUUCAAGGCAUUUACGACGCCCUGCUCCGAUUAUUCGCAGAGUGUCUGUGCGUGCAGUCGUGUCCUUCUUGUAUCGUUCGCUGUUUCGAGGCGUGCGGUAAAAUCGGGAUGUUGGUGCAAUUCUUUUUAGGUUGUAUGGUCCUGGUGAUUGGCAUUGUCGCCUUCCUCAGAGCCGAGCAACGGGAGACACUGAUCGGAGUAACCUGGCGCUUCGCGCUCUCGAAGGCUGCGUCGUGGAUCGUCGCGUCUCUGUUAUUUUGUUUGAUCGGAUAUCACUUCGCGCGACGAAGCCAGAUGCGCCCGGGCUCUUCACGUCGCACGUUCAGUGAGAAGGAAGAGCACGACCGCUGGAACACCGCUGAAGCUCACUGGUGCUGCUGCUUCUCGUGCCUGAUGCCCCGUCGCGCACCGAGUUACUUUUGGAACUAUUAUAUCGGUGAAGACGUCACUUUUGACGAGCUUCCGGAUCGCCCACCCAAGUAUAAGGCGAAAUGUUUCUGCGGCGCCUCGGAGCCUGCGCCGACGACGUCGACCAGUCGUCCGACGGGAACCCGUUUCGGGCAGCCUUAA